AUAUGCUUUGUUGUUUUUCUUGACAACCAUGUAAACAUAUUUAUGAGAGUGUGUUUUCAUGGCAGCACAAACACGUCGGGCUUAUUGCAUUAAUAUUAAUUCCCUACCAAUAAAUUGAAUUUGUAAUAUGAUAUGCAUAUUUGCUUUUCCAUUUCAGCGCUUUACUUUUUUCUGUGUGUGUGUGUUUCAGGUGAUGGAGCUCAAAGGUCAGAUGCUUCACCUCCCGGAAUCCAACUCCAUCAUGUUUCUGGGCUCGCCGCGUGUUGAUAGGCUGGAGGAGCUCAUGGGGCGGGGCUUACAUCUGUCUGACAUCCCUAUUCAUGAUGCCACACGUGAUGUCAUUCUGGUUGGAGAACAGGCCAAAGCUCAGGACGGACUGAAGAAGCGCAUGGAUAAAAUCAAAGCCACCCUGGAGAAAACCCAUCAGGCUUUAGAGGAGGAGAAGCACAGAACAGUCGACCUGCUCUACUCAGCCAAGAAGGUCACCAUGCUGUUCUCUGACAUCGUGGGCUUCACGGCCGUGUGUGCUCAGUGCACACCAAUGCAGGUCAUCAGCAUGCUGAACGAACUCUACACGCGAUUUGACUACCAGUGCGGAAUACUGGACGUCUAUAAGAUUGAGACUAUCGGUGAUGCGUACUGCGUGGCAGGCGGGCUUCACAGGAAGAUAGACAGCCACGCUAAGCCAAUCGCGCUCAUGGCCCUGAAGAUGAUGGAGCUGUCAGAAGAAGUGCUGACGCCCGAUGGGAAGCCCAUCAAGCUGAGGAUCGGCAUCCACUCGGGCUCAGUGCUGGCUGGUGUCGUCGGUGUGAAGAUGCCACGCUACUGUCUGUUUGGAAACAACGUCACGCUGGCCAGCAAGUUUGAAUCGGGCAGUCACCCGCGCUGCAUCAAUGUCAGCCCUACUACAUACCAACUCCUGCGUGACGACCGUGCGUUCACCUUCAUCCCUCGCUCCCGGCAGGAGCUUCCCGACAACUUCCCCAAAGAGAUCCCGGGAAUCUGCUAUUUCCUGGAGGCGGGGAAAACCCAGAGCCACGCCUCUCUCACCAGCACUCGCUCCGCUCCCAUUCGGAAAGUGUCCUAUAACAUUGGGACCAUGUUUCUGCGGGAGACUAGCCUCUGAGACGGCCCCGCCCAUUCGCUAUGACAUCACGUCCUGUAGACUAGUGUUGCCUGUGGCAACUGGUUGCCCCGCCUCUCGAACGGAGCGUCGCCCUAGAGGCAUGACACCGAGGGGGCGGAGAAGAUGGCCCCGCCCCUGGCCCCGCCCUUUAAAGGAGCCAUGGAUAAUUGUGUUCUGAAAAUACAAUAAAAACAAAUAUAUAUAUAGAUAUAUAUUUCAAAUAAAGCCUUCUGCUCUAUGGCAUAGCCAAACAUACAUGGUGUACACAUGCAAAUACUACAGAUAAACUUAUGUAAAUGAACACAUUUUUUGCAGCAUUGCAGGUAAUAGAAUUCACAUGCAUAACUUUGGUGCCUUUACCUCCCAAACACACACACACUCCACAAACAUGCAUUUAUCACAUGCCGCCAUUAACCACUGUUAAAUCCUUAAUGUGUGUGUGAAUCCUGUAUUUACCAUCGUUAGAUCCCUUGUGUUUGUGUGUUUCCUACCAUUAACCACUGUUAGAUUGUGUGUGUGUGUGUGUGUGUGUGUGUGUGUGUGUGUGUGUGUGUGUGUUUGCCCUGUGUUUUGUGUGCAUUUUGUGUAUGUGGUUGAAUUUGUGUAAAGACUGAGGCCAUUUCGCACAUCUCACAUCUGUGGGAUGUUUUUAUUUUGGGUCUUAUAUUGGUAGCAGAAACGUAGCUGCGCGAAUGUGCAGAAUAUGCACUGUUAACUAAUUUAAAGGAAUCGUUCACCCAAAAAUGAAAAUUUGCUGAAAUAUUGCUCACCCUCAGGCCAUCCAUGAUGUAGAUGAGUUUGUUUAUUCAUCAGAUUUGUGGAAAUGUAGCAUUGCAUCAGUGU